UUCAGUCCCGCAACAGCCCCGGGCAGCUGGCACUCUCAGCCUGGUUCCCCCCCGAGCGGAGCUGCGGGGCCGGGCCGGGCCGGGGCGGACCCCGGGAUCCCGGACGCGGCCGCCCGGGCCCGCGGGCGGGGGGAUUGGCAGGGCACCCGAGUGGGCACAGCCACCAUGGAGUUCCGGCAGGAGGAGUUUCGGAAGCUGGCGGGGCGCGCCCUGGGGAAGCUGCACCGGUUGCUAGAGAAGCGGCAGGAAGGCGCAGAGACACUGGAGCUGAGCGCCGACGGUCGCCCAGUGACCACGCACACUCGGGACCCGCCUGUGGUGGACUGCACCUGCUUUGGCCUGCCGCGCCGCUACAUCAUCGCCAUCAUGAGCGGCCUGGGUUUCUGCAUCAGCUUCGGCAUCCGCUGCAACCUGGGUGUGGCCAUCGUGUCCAUGGUCAACAACAGCACGACCCAUCGUGGGGGCCACGUUGUGGUGCAGAGCCCAUACAGGUCUGUCCACAAACAGGAGGCAGUCACCCCUACACUUGGGGAAGUUCAGGGAGGGGACACUGAGAAAGCCCAGUUCAACUGGGAUCCAGAGACUGUCGGCCUCAUCCAUGGCUCCUUUUUCUGGGGCUACAUUGUUACUCAGAUUCCUGGAGGAUUUAUCUGCCAAAAAUUCGCAGCCAACAGGGUCUUUGGCUUUGCCAUUGUGGCUACCUCCACCCUAAACAUGUUGAUCCCCUCAGCAGCCCGUGUCCACUAUGGCUGUGUCAUUUUCGUGAGGAUCUUGCAGGGAUUGGUGGAGGGGGUCACAUACCCUGCCUGCCAUGGCAUCUGGAGCAAAUGGGCCCCUCCCUUAGAACGGAGUCGCCUGGCGACGACGGCCUUUUGCGGUUCCUAUGCCGGGGCAGUGGUUGCCAUGCCCCUCGCUGGGGUCCUGGUGCAGUAUUCAGGAUGGAGCUCUGUCUUCUAUGUCUAUGGCAGCUUCGGGAUCUUCUGGUACCUAUUCUGGUUGCUGGUCUCCUAUGAGUCCCCUGCACUGCACCCCAGCAUCUCAGAAGAGGAGCGCAAGUACAUCGAGGAUGCCAUCGGAGAGAGUGCCAAGCUCAUGAACCCUGUGACGAAGUUUAACACACCCUGGAGGCGUUUCUUCACAUCCAUGCCCGUCUAUGCCAUCAUUGUGGCCAACUUUUGCCGCAGCUGGACCUUCUACCUGCUCCUCAUCUCCCAGCCUGCCUACUUUGAAGAAGUGUUUGGCUUUGAGAUCAGCAAGGUGGGCCUGGUGUCUGCACUGCCCCACCUGGUCAUGACCAUCAUCGUGCCCAUCGGGGGCCAGAUUGCCGACUUUCUGCGCAGUCGCCGGAUAAUGUCCACCACCAAUGUGCGAAAGUUGAUGAACUGCGGGGGCUUUGGGAUGGAAGCCACGCUGCUGCUGGUGGUUGGAUACUCACACUCCAAGGGUGUGGCCAUCUCCUUCCUUGUCCUGGCUGUGGGCUUCAGCGGCUUUGCCAUCUCUGGGUUUAACGUGAACCACCUGGACAUCGCCCCUCGCUAUGCCAGCAUCUUGAUGGGCAUCUCCAAUGGCGUGGGCACACUGUCUGGGAUGGUGUGCCCCAUCAUCGUGGGUGCAAUGACCAAGCACAAGACUCGGGAGGAAUGGCAGUACGUGUUCCUCAUCGCCUCCCUGGUGCACUAUGGGGGUGUCAUCUUCUAUGGGGUCUUUGCUUCGGGAGAGAAGCAGCCGUGGGCGGAGCCGGAGGAGAUGAGCGAGGAGAAGUGCGGCUUUGUUGGCCACGACCAGCUGGCUGGCAGUGAUGAAAGUGAGCUGGAAGACGAGGCUGAGCCCCCGGGGGCGCCCCCAGCGCCUCCCCCUUCCUAUGGGGCCACGCACAGCACAGUUCAGCCUCCGAGGCCCCCGCCCCCAGUCCGGGACUACGGACCACGUGCCUCCCACUGAUUGCAGUUUCCAGGACCUCCACUGACACACCUCUAGCCUGGCGGCAGUGUGGAGGAACCCGACUCCGCUCUGUCCUGCCUCAGGCCUAAGAUGCAAGUCUCCCUCGUUAGCAGUGCUGUCCAGCCAACCCUCUUCCCUUCUCUCCUCCUCAAGGGGUGAAGCUGCAGUAGCGGUUUCAUGAUACCCAACCCCCCGGAGGUUGUUCUCCGCCUGUCUGCCUGUGUGGUUUCAAAUCUCUCCUUUCAGGGCUUUGUUUGGAUGGACAGUUCAACCCCUUUCUCUUGUGCUUUUGAGGUUCCACCUUUUCCUAGGACCCCAGGGAUUCUCAGGCUACCCCAAGAUUAUUCAGCUGGUCCCCAACUCUGAAAGAUCCAUGAUCAUCCCCUGUCAGUUCCAGGGCUUUCCUGGAAAUCAAUUCUGCAUUUCCCCGGUUGGUUCCACCAACCACCAACCUCGCCCGCCAUUCCAAGGACCGAUUCUCACCAGCGUUUUGAGGGGAAAUGGCGGUUUCAAGUCCCACCACUCCUUCCUCCCCCCCCCCCCCCCCCAGCAGCAGCGGUUUGCCAGGCCUUGUCCUUAGUUUAGUACAAUGUCCAGGGAAAUGGCCGACGUGGCUCCGCUCACCCGUGCUCUUUUUCUGACUCAGUUUUCAGGUCUAAGUAGUGGCUGGAAGCCGUCACUUCUUCCCCUCCCCUGGGGGGGGGGGCGGUUUCAGGGUCUCCCUUUCCCCCCAAAUCCUUGCACUUUACUCCCCUGGGUGGUACAAACUGCCCUCAGUUUCUCAGUGACCGUUUGUUGUGUCCCUCAGGGGCUAAAUAACUCCAAAUCCGGGGUGCUUCCCUCAUAGACACCCCUCUUUCAGCUCAGCCCUUUCAGCUCAGCCGUCUGGGGAAGAGGUGGGAGGAGAGGAGCAGGUUGGGGGCAGGGGCUGCUCCCGGGGCAGGGCUGUGUCCUGGUGUCUGUCUCUGUGCCGUGAACCCUGCCCUGCCCUGCCCUGCCCCAUCCACUCCCAAUAAACGCUUUGGUGUACA